GUAUUUGCAUAAUAGCAAGUGUGYCGUUAAAAAAGAAAACUUGAACACAAGGUUUUUGCCAGCAGUCUUGUCGUAGUUUAUCUUUGGUUUAUGGUUUAGUUUGCUCGUAGCAUCAACAUGUUGCGGCUUACAAUACUGUUGUUAUUUGGUGUUUUUCACUGUUCCAUGGCUCGCCAUUUACAAUUCCAAUUGAGUGGAUAUGAGUGCUUUUAUGAAGAAAUCGAAGAAAAAGCUGAAUGCUCGCUCGAAUUUGCACCGAUUACAGGCAAUGAUCCCAAGAUAGAUGUGACCCUAGAGGAUCCUAAUGGAGAAAUACUUUACAAGGCCGACAAGAAAGACUAUGACCUCCAUAAAUUCACCGCUAAAAUCAACGGCACAUACCGUGUGUGCUUCAGUAAUGUCUUCGACUUUUCAAUAGGAGAAAAUCUUGUUUAUUUUGACUUUGUUACCGGAAAAGAUACCUCAUUCGACACUGGYGCAGCGCCGACUGACAAAGCUCUUACACAGCUCGAAACUUCUCUUUCAACCAUUCAUGAAAACAUGAACUUAGUGGAGCGAUACCAAAACUACCACAGACUUCGUGAAGCCAAUGGAAGACUAGCAGCUGAUCAUUUGAAUCAUAGAGUGCAGUGGUGGUCAAUAGGACAGUCUGUAAUUGUAGUAGCUGUUGGAAUGACGCAGGUUUUUGUAUUAAGAAGAUUUUUUACGGUAGGAAAGCAAGACCUCUAGUGUGAUUGAAUCGCAAGGAAAUUGUCUACUAUAUCAUAAGCCUUUUGGAUGUCUUUAUAUUAAAUUGAUUAAGUUUGAUGAAAAAUACAUAGAAAGAUUUACCAUCAAUAUGAAGUCUAGUAUCAUUUUGUGGUUUUGGGRAAUUUGUUUUUGCGUAGUUCAAUGAUGUCGUGUCGAAAGAAGCGUACGUGAAAAUACUAUUUAUAUCUUCCAAGUAAAGUUAUUUGUCUUAUUUAGUUUUUAUUAAAUUCAUAAACUGUAAUAAAGGUACAACUCUUAUUCAGUUCGUAUUCACGAAAAUAAAAUAUUCACUUAGUCUCGUU